AUGCCAAAAUUGAUGCGACUUUUCCUUGACAUCAUAGUUGUUUACAAGAAAGAAGCAAUAGCAUUCUUAUCGAACAUUUCAAUCUAUAUAGGCCCUGGUGCAUUCUACAGUCGAUUUGCUGGUUUUUUCGUCUACAUUUCAAAUGAUACUUCCAAAGACAACGGUAUUGAAUGUUUUCAUGAAAUACAGAAAAAUAACGGUACACCCACAGAAAACCAAACUAUAAGUUGUCCAUUUGACGGACGUUAUGUGAUAUACUACAACGAGAGGAGAGCUGGCUAUCACUAUCCAGACUACUACUCCGCAUUUGCUUUUAAUGAAUUGUGUGAAUUUGAAGUUUAUGGAUGUCCUAAUUCUACAUACUAUGGAAAAUAUUGCGAACAAUCGUGUUCGGACAGUUGUCUUGGACAGAGGUGUAAUUUCUUAACAGGGAACUGUCUCAUGGGAUGUUCAAGUGGAUAUGAGGGGCCUCAAUGUAGACAGAAAUGUGACGGUGGAAUGUUUGGAGCAACCUGCAGUCAAAAAUGUGGUCAUUGUUAUGGUAAUACACAGUGUCAUCAUAUCAACGGCACAUGUCAAGCAGGAUGUUCUGCCGGAUAUGUUGGAUCUCUUUGCAACAAUAAAUGUGUGGGUGGAACCUACGGAUUGAUGUGUAACAAAACUUGUAAACUCUGUUCUGAUGGAUCAAAAUGUCACCAUGUGAAUGGUUCAUGCGUGAAUGAAUGUUCUUCAGGAUAUAAAAGUCCUUUCUGUAUCACAGAAUGUGACAGUGGAUUGUUUGGCGAUGGUUGCAGGCAGACUUGCGGUCAUUGUGUUGGUAACGUAGCGUGUCAUCAUAUCAAUGGUUCCUGUCUACAAGGAUGUUCUGCCGGAUACGAGGGUCCUGUUUGUAAGAAAAAAUGUGACGGUGGGAGAUAUGGUUUGAACUGUGCCAAGAGCUGUGGUCACUGUCGUGACGGCUCACAGUGUCAUCAUAUCAAUGGAACGUGCUUGACAGGCUGUUCUCCCGGAUACAACGGAUUACUCUGCAUUAGUGGUUAUUUAUAUUAA